UGCGUUUUGCAAGCUACAAUGAGAGUCAUCACUCGUAACACAUAACAACUUUGACAAGAAACCGGAACAAUUCCACAACCCCCCAAGGUUAUUUAAAAGAUUACUCAACCCCACCCAAUUGACAUUGCUUAGCAACAUAGAUAUACCAUUAUGCCUGUCUUGUGUGUAGACGAGAGCACUUGCAAGAAGGCAGAGGUCAGUCAGGGCGAUGCACUUGCACAAAUAGUAGCAGAAGCCAUUGACAACCCAGAAGUGUUUGUCUUCGGAGAGCUAGUUGCGUUGACCACCGUACAGCAGCUUAAAUCAACACAUGCCGAAAUAUAUGCCGCACUAGAAAUAUUUGCACAUGGCACACUUAAAGACUACAAGCAAAGG